UUGGUGACGCUGUCAAAAUUUGUCUCCACUGAAAUGUGGAUAAACAUCGAUGUCUUUUUUAUUUUAUUUUUUAAUUUUUAUACGUAGUUUAAAUUUAAAAUGGAUUACAGUGGAUCUGAAAUCUUAGACUCGUUGGAUAUUUUGAGACCGCGUGUGAAAAGAUUUUGUGAGAAUACACGUAAGAAAACUGUUAGCAAGUCACAUCGCUACUUUAAUACGUUCAGAGACGAUAGUAAUAUCACAGGGCACUCUAUAUCAGCAAAUAUUGAAAGAGCGGCUGCGUCGUCAACUUCUCUAGUCUUGAAGAAAACUUCACAAAGAGAGAUUCUUGAGAAAUACUCAGUCGUAAGUUAUACAAGUCUUCUACGAGCUAAUAGAAAUCCAAGCAGCGAGCUAACAACAAGAGAUAAACCGCUUAUCAAAGUGACCGUGAUACCAAAGUCGCAUCAAACCCAAACAAGCAAACACAGAAGACGAACUCCUACAACGAAUAAAAUCCAAAAUACUGUUUCGAACCACAAGAUUCAUACAAAAAACUUGUACCUCGUAGUUGCAGGGAGGAAGAAAGAGAAAGUAUACGAAAUAAAAACAACUGGUAGUGCGAAAUUCUCUGCUGAAACUAUAAAACACCGAAUUCAUUAUAAUGACAAUUCUGUAAAAGACAGAUCGAGUAUAAAACAAAUAAUACAAUCAUUAAACAUGGAUAAGAAGAAACGGAAAGGAAAAUUUAGAAAGGAUAAUAAGAAAUUCGCGGCAAGUUUAGUUCCUGAUAGUGUUGACAGUCAUCAUGACUGCAGAUGUGUAAGAGAUGGAAGAAAUGUUGAUGGCAGGAAGAGUCGAGUUCAAAUUUUCGGACAAGUGGGACUCACUGACGACGAAAGAUAUGUUUUGAAGUGUGAUGCUACGGUUGAUGGAGAACCAAUCAUGACGAAAAUGAUAUCGGAAAGGCCUGGACCAUCACAAUAUUCUGUAAACGACGUAAUCGAGCCAAUAAAAUACCGUGAUUGUUACGACACAAUGGCCUGUUUUGGUGGAUAUUGUGAAAACGAUAACAAUUAUAGCAAAAGCUUGAGGGACUCAAAUGUCCAAGUGGAUUUGAUAAAGAACAAUCAAAAUCCGAAUUUAAAUGUAUUCCGAAGCGUCGAAAAUCAAGGUACGCAAGUUAACUUUAGCCUUUGCACAACAAAUAACACAAUGUUUACUCCAAAAAGGAAUCAAACGAUUCAAUGUAAUUACGCAAGUGUUCCAAAUACUAUGAACGUAACUGGGGACGAAUCCGAACGGAACAUUGUUAAAGAAACUCAAAGUCCUCUUGUAAUUAUAUCUGUAUAUCCAAAACAAGAAUUAAAUGAAGCAAAAAUUACCAAAAAUAGCGUAUUUACAAAUACAAGACCUAUCUCCCCUAGAAGCCCAACAAACGUUAACAAAAAUAUAGGUAGAAACGAAAUAUACGGUAGAGGUUUUGAAAAAAGAAAUGAUACAUCGCCAAAACCUAGUCGCAGUCCCUCGCCAAAGAGAAAAAAUGUUAACAGUCAACAAAAACGAAAAGACAUUUAUCAAACUCAUGCUAAAUUACCGCGAUCAAGAACAAACAGUCCAAAUCGUUCAGCGACCUGCUCAUAUAAAGGAAGGAUGACACAAAAUAAUGACCGAAUACAAACAUAUUCGAGUCCUAAAACAACAGAUGAAUCAGACGUGUUUACGGCGAAAAAUAUGCAGAAAAUAAACAAUAUUUUAAUGUCACGUGGCAAUAAAACGAACUCGGAGAUCAAAAAAGCUUUAGUCGAUGACUAUACUAGACAUAUAACAGAAACUUUGGAUAAAUACGCAGACAAAUCUCCUAGACAUGAAACAUCUAAGGUUAAAAUCAAUAUUGAUAGUGAAAAUGAGUAUUACGACGUAAAAUUCGAACAAGGACAAAGGACAACUGAUUUGCAAAUUAGAAAAACUCUUAAAGAAGCCGCUUUGCAAAAUUGUGGACUUAAUCAACGUUCUCUUUCUCCCGAUAAUUUGUAUUUACUGCCUGAAAAGGAACACACAAGAAAAUCUGUUUCCCCCUUUAAAAAUGUUCGUAAAAUUAAUGAUCCUAAAGGUAUUACAAUUCGCAAUUCCAAACUGAACGUAAGGGAUAGCAUAGAAAUCUGUCACAAGCGAGACGGUGGACCAAGCAAGAAAGAUGCCCAAACCCAUAAAUAUACCAAGCAGAGUGAAUGUUGCAGAGAUACAGACUUUUUAGCACCAAUCAAACAUUAUAAAGGAGAUAGUUGUGAACUGCCAGAUCCGAUAGAAAGGGAUAAACAGAUACGACAGCUACUUGGUAUCGUAAAAGGCAAGACUAAUAACAAGAAACAGGACGAUAUGUAUGGAGGUGUGGUUGGUGAUCAUGGUUUAUUUGAUUGUGUCUACAAAAGGGACCGUGAAAAAACUAUAGAAAAAGCAGUUAGUCCACAUGACAAUUGUGGUUGCAAGUCCGCAUUUUCCAACCAAAUCCAUAAAUUAAAAACAAACACUGAUCAAGCUGAGUCCGCCGUUGAAAGAACUUCUUUAUACCAACAAUUGAUACUUAAUAGAAACAUACAGGUAUUCUUACAAGUAGAACAAUUUACGAAGCAGAAACCAAUAAUAUUGUCGCGAAAACAGUACGACAAAGUAAAAAGAACCAUCCAAAGAACUAUAUCAAGGAAAAUAAGUCAAGAAAAGCGGAAGAAAACCUGCAAAUGCAGUUUAAUUUCUGUAGGAGAAGUCAGGAAACGAACCCAACACGAUCUACCAUUAGCACCAGAAAGCAAUAAACAAACCCAAACAGACGAACAUAAAUUUGAAUAUAGGGAAAGUUUUGAUCGUGGUGAUCCAGUUGGUCUUAAAAUAUCAACGAAAAAGAAAUUACGUAUUGAUGAUAGUGUAACGAAAUUUCCUUAUGGACCUAAAAAACCUUCGCAAGUUAAAACUAUAGUUCUUUUUGAUUCAAAAGCAAGAAAUGGCGAGAAGGAUAAUGAAUAUGUAAACGCCCCACCCAGAGAGACGAGUUCUUCGUUAGAAAUACAUUAUGCUACUGUUGGAUACAUGAAAAAAGUUACUUUUUCGUCUACGAAUGUAGGAAGCUUAUCAUCUUCUAGCAUUAUUCGGCGGAAUGAUUCCCUAUUUACUAUAUUCAAAGGUCGCAAAAGAUCUGCUACACCGAAUUUGGGAACUUCGGAGCUUUCCAUACCACACAUAGAAGUGAAUUCAGGGUCCGCUAAGGGUUUAUUGGAUCCUAUAGACUCGAAACCUAAGAAGCCUUUUCUACGUAGACUGAUGUCGUGUCUGGUGAUGCGGUCAAAGACUUCAGAUAUUAAGACACCAGUUCCACCACAUCGUGUGUUGACUAGUGUAAACAGUUCGAUCGAUUCUUACCAAUUCAGUACUUCUCUUGGAGCUAUACCGAUGGGCUCUUCGUUAUACGAUACGACCGCAUCAUUCUACACAAGUCAUUCAAUAAUACCAAUAGGAAAUAGGAAAAUGAAACGAGGCUUUUUCAGUUCAGUGAGAGAGUUUUUGACGAAUCGAAGGAGUUGACACAUAACCAUUGGGCACGUAUUUUGUUUUAAUUGUAUUAAUUUUGAAUGUUUGUUUUAUAAUCUUUGGAGUU